CAGCAGCAGCAGCAGCUUUCACCUUGCCGUUGAGUACUAGGGGAAGCGGGCGGGCGGCAAGCACCUCGCUGGCGGGCUCGGAAGGCGCAGGGGCAUGUGGAUGUGGGCUGCCCUCUUGCUCCACAGCGUCCUGAAUGUUUUUGGUGAAGAUCUACAUGCCAGCUUAUAUUUUGUCAAUGCAUCUUUGCAAGAGGUAGUGUUCGCUAGCACCACAGGGACACUGGUGCCCUGUCCUGCCGCAGGGAUCCCUCCUGUGACGCUCAGAUGGUACCUAGCAACGGGCGAGGAGAUCUACGAUGUUCCAGGGAUCCGCCACGUCCACCCUAAUGGCACUCUCCAAAUUUUCCCUUUCCCUCCUUCAAGCUUUAAUAACUUAAUCCAUGAUAACACUUACUAUUGCACAGCUGAAAAUCCUUCAGGGAAAAUCAGAAGUCAGGAUGUUCACAUUAAGGCCGUUUUACGGGAACCAUAUACAGUCCGUGUGGAGGACCAGAAAGCCAUGAGAGGCAAUGUAGCGGUCUUCAAGUGCAUUAUCCCCUCCUCUGUGGAGGCAUACAUCACUGUUGUCUCAUGGGAGAAAGACACAGUCUCACUCGUCUCAGGAUCUAGAUUUCUCAUCACAUCCACGGGAGCCUUGUAUAUUAUAGAUGUACAGAAUGAAGAUGGAUUGUAUAACUACCGAUGUAUCACACGGCACAGAUACACUGGAGAAACACGACAGAGCAACAGUGCUAGACUUUUUGUAUCAGACCCAGCAAACUCGGCUCCAUCUAUUCUGGAUGGAUUUGAACAUCAUAAAGCCAUGGCAGGACAGCGAGUGGAGCUGCCUUGCAAAGCAUCUGGACACCCAGCACCAAAGUAUCGCUGGCUGAAGGACAGCGUCCCCUGGGAGCCUGACAGCAGGUUCCGGCCAACAGUGACGGGGCUCCUGAUAGAAAACACACGCCCAUCAGACUCAGGCAACUAUGUGUGUGAAGUGUGGAACAAUUAUGGGACAGCUGAAGUGAUAGGCCGCUUGCACGUAAAACAGCCUCUCAAAGCCACAAUCAGUCCACGAAAAGUUAAGAGCAGUGUUGGUAGCCAAGUGUCCUUGUCCUGCAGUGUGACCGGAACGGAGGACCCUGAACUCUUCUGGUACCGGAAUGGUGAAAUCAUCAACACUGGGAAUAAUGUGAGGAUCAUUGGGGUCAAUCAUGAGACCCUUAUUAUGGACGGCAUGGCCAAAAGCGAUGGUGGGGCAUACCAGUGUUUUGUACGCAAGGACAAGAUGUCCGCACAAGACUAUGUUCAGGUGGUUCUGGAAGAUGGAACUCCCAAAAUAAUUUCUGCCUUCAGUGAGAAGGUAGUAAGCCCAGGAGAAGGUGUCUCCUUGAUGUGCAAUGUGAAAGGAACUCCUCUUCCUACAAUCACAUGGACGUUAGAUGAAGAUCCCAUAGUCAAGGAUGGCAACCACCGGAUCAGCCAGAUCAUCACCUCUGAAGGCAAUGUGGUCAGCUACCUGAACAUCUCUAGCACUCAGGUCCGAGACGGUGGGGUCUAUCGUUGUACUGCCAACAACUCUGCUGGAGUCGUCCUGUACCAGGCUCGAAUAAACGUAAGAGGUCCAGCGAGCAUUCGAUCAAUGAAAAAUAUCACAGCAAUAGCGGGCCGGGAUACUUUCAUUCAUUGUCGUGUCAUUGGAUAUCCAUACUAUUCCAUCAAGUGGUACAAGAAUUCCAAUCUGCUCCCUUUUAACCAUCGUCAAGUGGCAUUUGAAAACAAUGGCACACUGAAACUCUCGGAUGUGCAGAAAGAGGUGGAUGAGGGAGAAUAUACAUGCAAUGUCCUGGUUCAGCCACAACUCUCCACUAGCCAGAGUGUUCACGUGACUGUAAAAGUGCCACCCUUUAUCCAGCCCUUUGAGUUCCCAAGGUUCUCUAUUGGACAGCGAGUGUUCAUUCCAUGUGUUGUGGUCUCAGGGGAUUUGCCAAUCACCAUCACCUGGCAGAAGGAUGGCAGACCAAUCCCAGCCAGUCUUGGGGUGACCAUUGACAACAUUGAUUUCACCAGCUCCUUAAGGAUUUCUAAUCUUUCCCUCAUGCACAAUGGGAAUUAUACCUGCAUAGCUCGAAAUGAUGCAGCUGCUGUAGAGCACCAAAGCCAAUUAAUUGUGAGAGUUCCCCCCAGAUUUGUAGUUCAGCCAAGUGACCAGGAUGGGAUUUAUGGAAAAGCUGUGAUCCUCAAUUGUUCUGCAGAAGGCUAUCCUGUCCCUACAAUUGUCUGGAAGUACUCCAAAGGUGCUGGAGUUCCCCAGUUCCAGCCAAUUGCCUUGAACGGGCGCAUCCAGCUUCUCACAAAUGGCUCCUUGUUGAUCAAGCAUGUACUGGAAGAAGAUAGUGGAUACUACCUCUGCAAGGUCAGCAAUGAUGUGGGGGCUGACGUCAGCAAGUCCAUGUACCUCACUGUUAAAAUUCCUGCUAUGAUAACCUCCUACCCAAACACCACCUUGGCAACACAGGGUCAAAAGAAAGAGAUGAGUUGCACAGCUCAUGGAGAAAAGCCCAUCAUUGUACGCUGGGAGAAAGAAGACAGAAUAAUUAAUCCUGAAAUGUCCCGCUAUCUGGUUUCCACAAAGGAAGUGGGUGAUGAAGUGAUCUCAACUCUACAGAUUUUGCCAACAGUGCGAGAAGACUCUGGUUUCUUCUCCUGUCAUGCCAUCAAUUCCUAUGGAGAGGACCGUGGAAUAAUUCAGCUCACUGUGCAAGAACCCCCAGAUCCUCCAGAAAUAGAAAUUCGAGAGGUGAGAGCACGCAGCAUUGCCCUCCGAUGGACCAUGGGAUUUGAUGGAAACAGCCCAAUCACAGGCUACGACAUAGAAUGCAAGAACAAGUCUGAUUCUUGGGAUUCUGUCCAAAGAACCAAAGAUGUUUCCCCACAGCUGAACCAGGCCACAAUCAUUGACCUUCAUGCUUCCUCUACCUACAACAUCCGCAUGUAUGCAAAAAAUCGCAUUGGCAAGAGUGAAGCCAGCAAUGAGCUCACCAUUACAACCGAUGAAGCAGCUCCUGAUGGACCACCUCAAGAUGUGCAACUGGAGCCCAUAUCUUCACAGAGCAUUCGGGUAACGUGGAAGGCUCCAAAGAAACAUUUGCAAAAUGGAAUUAUUCGUGGAUACCAGAUUGGUUACCGGGAAUACAGUGCAGGGGGCAAUUUCCAGUUCAACAUCAUCAGUAUCGAUACCACCGGGGACAGUGAAGUUUAUACUUUAGAUAACCUUAAAAAAUUUACGCAAUACGGCAUGGUGGUGCAGGCAUGCAAUCGAGCUGGGAUAGGACCAUCUUCUCAGGAAAUUAUAACUACUACCCUUGAGGAUGUUCCCAGCUCCCCUCCUGAGAAUGUCCAAGCUAUUGCUACAUCACCAGAAACCAUCUCUAUUACCUGGUCUACACUUGCCAAAGAUGCUCUCAAUGGAAUUCUCCAGGGAUUUAGGGUUAUAUACUGGGCUAAUCUUUUGGAUGGAGAGCUGGGAGAAAUUAAAAACGUUACCACUACACAGCCCUCAUUAGAGCUUGAUGGUUUGGAAAAGUACACCAACUAUAGCAUCCAAGUGUUGGCAUUCACACGAGCUGGAGACGGGGUCAGGAGUGAGCAAAUUUUCACACGAACGAAAGAGGAUGUUCCAGGUCCUCCUGCUGGGGUUAAAGCAGCUGCCGCUUCAGCUUCCACUGUGUUUGUAUCCUGGUUACCUCCAAUAAAACUGAAUGGCGUCAUCCGAAAGUACACUGUGUUUUGCUCUCAUCCAUACCCCACUGUAAUCAGCGAGUUUGAAGCUUCUCCUGACUCAUUUUCCUACAGAAUCCCCAAUCUGAGUCGAAACCGACAGUACAGUGUCUGGGUGGUGGCUGUGACAGCAGCAGGAAGGGGCAACAGCAGUGAAAUUAUUACUGUGGAACCAUUAGCUAAAGCUCCUGCAAGAAUUCUGACAUUCAGUGGCACUGUAACAACUCCCUGGAUGAAGGAUAUUGUCCUCCCUUGCAAGGCAGUUGGGGAUCCGGUUCCUACAGUCAAAUGGAUGAAAGAAAGUAACGGGACACCCAGUCUAGUGACGAUUGAUGGGCGAAGAAGCAUCUUUAGUAAUGGCAGCUUUGUCAUCCGUACUGUGAAAGCAGAGGAUUCCGGAUAUUACAGAUGUGUGGCCACUAACAACUGGGGAUCAGAUGAAAUUAUUUUGAAUUUGCAGGUUCAAGUUCCACCUGACCAGCCGAGACUUACUGUAUCCAAAACCACAUCUUCCUCAAUCACUCUUUCGUGGAUACCUGGAGACAACGGAGGCAGCUCUAUUCGAGGCUACAUACUUCAAUAUUCAGAGGACAACAGUGAACAGUGGGGCAGUUUUCCUAUUAGUCCCAGUGAACGUUCCUACCGCCUGGAGACCUUGAAGUGUGGGACCUGGUAUAAGUUUACGCUGACUGCCCAGAACGGAGUGGGACCAGGACGCAUCAGUGAGAUUAUAGAGGCCAAAACACUUGGGAAAGAACCACAGUUUUCAAAAGAACAAGAACUCUUUGCAAGUAUUAACACCACACGGGUACGAUUGAACCUUAUUGGGUGGAAUGACGGUGGUUGUCCAAUCACAUCAUUUACACUGGAAUAUAGGCCAUUUGGAACCACAGUGUGGACAACAGCUCAGCGAACUUCUCUGACUAAAUCAUAUAUAGUGUAUGAUCUUCAGGAGGCUACCUGGUAUGAGCUGCAGAUGCGGGUCUGUAACAGUGCUGGCUGUGCUGAGAAACAGGCUAAAUUUGCAACACUCAACUACGAUGGCAGUACAAUCCCUCCACUCAUUAAGUCAGUUGUCCAAAGUGAGGAAGGUCUGGCAACCAAUGAAGGGCUAAAGAUGCUGGUGACCAUUUCCUGUAUCUUGGUUGGGGUCUUGCUGCUUUUUGUGCUUCUGCUGGUUGUGAGAAGGAGAAGGAGGGAGCAGAGGUUGAAGAGACUCAGAGAUGCAAAAAGCUUGGCUGAAAUGCUUAUGAGCAAGAAUACAAGGACAUCGGACACACUUAACAAGCAACAGCAGACACUGAGAAUGCAUAUAGAUAUUCCCAGAGCUCAACUCCUGAUUGAAGAGCGGGACACAAUGGAGACCAUUGAUGAUAGAUCAACUGUCUUGUUAACGGACGCUGAUUUUGGAGAGACAUCAAAACAGAAAUCGUUGACUGUUACUCACACAGUACAUUACCAGUCUGUCUCACAAGCAACUGGGCCACUGGUGGAUGUUUCUGAUGCCAGACCAGGAACAAACCCUACAACAAGAAGGAAUGCAAAAACUGGACCUACAGCUAGGAACAGAUAUGCUAGCCAAUGGACUCUCAACAGACCUCAUCCCACAAUAUCAGCGCACACCUUAACAACAGAUUGGAGGCUGCCAACCCCCAGGGCCACAGGGUCUGUGGAUAAAGAAAGCGACAGCUAUAGUGUCAGUCCAUCACAAGAUACAGAUCGAGCAAGAAGCAGCAUGGUAUCCACAGAAAGUGCCUCCUCCACCUACGAAGAGCUAGCAAGAGCAUAUGAACACGCCAAGAUGGAAGAACAGCUGCGACAUGCUAAGUUUACCAUCACAGAAUGCUUCAUAUCAGACACGUCAUCAGAGCAGCUUACAGCAGGGACUAAUGAGUACACAGAUAGCCUGACCUCAAGCACCCCAUCUGAAUCGGGGAUCUGCAGAUUUACUGCAUCACCUCCCAAACCUCAGGACGGAGGACGCGUGACAAACAUGGCUGUUCCAAAGGCACAUCGGCCAGGUGACCUCAUGCAUUUGCCGCCGUAUCUUAGAAUGGACUUUUUGUUAAACCGAGGUGCUUCAGGCACAAGCAGAGACGUGGGUUUAGGACAGACUUGUCUGGAACCUCAAAAAAGCCGCACCUUGAAGCGCCCAACUGUCUUGGAACCAAUACCCAUGGAGACUUCUUCCACAAGAGAAGGACAGUCAUGGCAACCUGGUGCCGUAGCAACAUUACCUCAGCGAGAAGGAGCUGAGCUAGGACAGGCAGCCAAAAUGAGCAGCUCCCAAGAAUCUCUUCUGGACUCCCGGAGCCACUUGAAAGGAAACAAUCCAUACGCAAAAUCUUACACCCUGGUAUAACAAAAGAGCAUGGCUGGACAGUGGCUGUAAAUACUUAACAAUUAUUUAAAAAAACCAAUCAAAGCUACCUUUUUUAUUGAAUUCCAAUAUUUAUAAUUAAAGAAGAAGAUUGCCAAAAUAUUUGGGACAGAAAAAUGCAACCGACAGACAGUGCAAAGACUCUCUGGCUUUUUUUCUGUCUGAGUGUGAGCUUCAUCCGACUGAGCCUCCUGACUUUUUUUGGGAAAAAGGAGUCCAGUUUUUCUGAUAUUCACAAGCGUUUGUGUUUUUACUGAUUUUCUACAAAGUGCAUGGGGACUAAAUAAAAUAUUUUAAACUGGGAGUUCCAUCACAUACGAGUUAGGAGGGAAACAAUUUUUUAAAAAAUCACCCUAUUUGUGAAUUUAAAGGGAUAUUUAUUUGAGAAGGCAAAAAAGGUCUUUUGUCAUGUUUUGCACAUUUUUUUUUAAUUAGAAAGUGGGUCCUUCCCUGAUCUUUUUUUUUCUUUUCUUUCACUGUUAAUUAGGAUGAGUGCUGUGAGUCAGUGAAGUGGGAAAUGGUGGGGGAUUCGGUUUGGUUUUGGCAUUUUUCUCUUUUUUUAAUAUUAAUUUAAUGAGACACUCUUUGCAUUUUGUCUAUGCGAAAUAAAAGGGUCUUCUGCCUUUAUCUCUGUGUCUGGAUUGCCUUGCCUUGUUUUCGCUUAAGCUGUAUUUAUUUAGCACUGGAUCAUAUAGUCGUUGUAGAUUUAUAACUUCCACUCACAUAACUGCAAAAAGAUUUUUUAACAAUAGGAGAGGUUUGAACAAAACUCUCAGGGACUUUCCGAGUGAAGGAACGUCUUUAAAUUUAAUUUUUAAUAGUGUUAUCAAAACCAAUGAAUAUUAAUGAUAUGAUGCCUUUGAAAGGGAUGCUAUUUACAUCAACAUUUUCUUACGUUUGUGAAUAUUUUCUCUUUCUCUUGAAACACCAGUGAUGAUCACUAAACUAGGUAAUGAGGUGGCGAUAUUGUAUAAAUUUUGUUUUGCUUCUUUUAAUCAGAGAAGUCCUAUGGACUACUAUAUUACAAGUUGCAAGAAAGCAUUUUUACUGGAUUUGGUUGGUGCUAUACAAAAAGAAAAAAGAAGAAGAAUUUUGCUUCCACAUCUGUAAUUCAACAUGGCAGUUUACACUGAUUUAGGAAUCUAAUUCCUAGUGUGCAAGAUUUUACUGUUUACUAUUCAUAACUUUUGCCACAGCAGCUAAAACUGAUUUAUAAAUGCAUCUUACUCACUGUAGCAUUAGCUUAAUUGCCUCUUCACUAUAAUAUUGUUCCCUAAAAUGUGUGAGUGUAUACCAAGCUGUUAAGGACAACCAGCUACACUGAAUGAGGAAUAUUUGUUUUGGCUAUUUGAUGCCUAUGUUAAUUUAUUUUGGGCCUUUUUAUUCUUUGAAAUUCCAGUUAUAUUUUUCAAAAGGUAUCAGAGUUAUCUUCAAACAUCUGUGAUUAUAAAAUCUACUAGGUUAUGCCUUGUGUUCAAAGAGCUUAUAAAUCUCAGCACUUGUGAGUGUAGACUGACUUCCCUAUUGAAUCUUGGUUGUUUCCCAUCCUCUGGUCAUACACAAAGCAAUCUUGUGGUUUCAUCAAGUAUGAUUUCUGCUUCAUUAUUAUUUGGCUCUAAUAUUUUGUUACUUUGCAAAUUCUGACUAGAUCUGAUCACAUAUGAAUGCAAAUCUUGCAUUUGUGAUCCUCCAGGAGGCCUGCUUUUAAAUGUGGAAGCUAUUUUUGGACAAAUUCAAUCCAUCCAUGUUCCUCUUUUCUACACUACGGCAUCCAGAAUUUUAAAAGCAGAAAAACAAAGCACACCCUAUAUUAUUUUACAAGAUUAAAUAGUAAUGCCAGUGGUUUUAUUACAUGUGUUUCUCAUUCUAUGGGGGGGAAUGACUUUAAUUCAGUUACUCUUUCUAAAUGAGCAAAAUGUUAAGCUGCUGAAUUGUGAAGAAUAAGAUAUUGCUUGUGUGCUGUUGUUGGCCUGGUCUGCAUGGAAGUGUAAACUAUAUCUUAGUGUUAUAUGCAUGAGUCUUGAAGUUUGUGUGGUGCCCCCCACUCACACAGGUUAAAAGAACAGAUUGCAUGCAUUUGUUUAUAUUUUCAAUUGACUGGAAUUACUCAUUGGCUCAAAUUCAUUAGUAAAUCAUAACUAGAGUAGGCCCUUUGAAUCAAUGGAACUUAUGAAGGAAUUGACUCACCAAAUCCCCACUGAUACUCUAGUUGUGACUUACUACUGGAUUUCAAACAUUAAAUGUCAACCUGGACAAACUAUGCUAGUAUUAACCAUGGAUUAGAGAAACAAACCAGCUUUAUACAAUAGUAUUCUGGCAUAUCUACUUAAGUUACUCUUAACACUAGCCACAAUUCUUGGGCUGACAAAUGAGUAACUACGGUUAGUUGAAAAUGGAAGUGAACAUUUCUGAUCUAUUUUUGGCCAUGCCAGAGGAGUCAUAUGGCAGGGGGCAGGAGAAACAUGUAGGUUUGAGCUUUCCUGAAGCUUAAACCCAUAACACUAAACUAUAGUUUAACAUUGUGGCUAAAUGUACUACUUUCUGAGGAAAGAACACAUGAUGCACAUUAGUUUACAAAGAAAACGGUGUGUGAGAGAAGAACUGUAAAACUGUUGCACCUGAACCCUGAAGCACAUUUUUAUAUGGUAUGCUACAUUAUCCACUAUCCAUACAGUGCAUUAAGUGUAACAUUUUGCAGGAUGCAUUGAACAAACCACAAAGACUGUGAACUCUUUUCUUGACCUUUCUUUAAUUUUAACAUUAAUAACAAAGAAGUAACAAGAGACUUAAAGAAAAUUAAUAAAGCAUAUUACAAAAUGCAAUAUCAAAUCCCCUUAAUGAAGCAAU